AUGAGGCCAAGCCAAGAAGGAAGGUUAGAAAAGCCUAGGUCUGGCCGCAACAUGAAGCUUCUAUUCCCAAAGGAGCUUAUUGAUGAGAAUCUAGAAGGAUUCAAGGAGAAAGUGACAAGAACUCUAAAGCUUUUUCCUAAGGCAGUAGUGCCAAGGGACAUUCAUGGAGAGAUUGUCUAUCCAGCUGUGAAUCACCCACCAGAUACUCAUUGCAAGGAGAAAAGACUUGGAGGAUCAAAGAUGCCUCUUGUCUCCAUCUUCUCCUGA